AUGGCAAAUACUUUGGUCUCGAUCAUAGUCGACGACAACUCCCCCACAAUCGCAUACGCACCAUUCGGUGACACCCUCGGCGAACCCAACGUCACCGCAGGCUGGAAUCCAUACUACACUGGCUCAGGCUUCUCUUCAGGCUCGAACUCGUCGUCCAGCUCGGUGGUGAGCAACCUCGGGAGUGGUACGAGUCUGCACGUUACUGCGUGUGACGGGGCUCAGGUGGCAAUACGGUGGAACGGCACCGCGAUCAACGUGUUUGGUACCAUCACCGCAAAUAGCUCGAGCGCGCUCACGUAUACUAUCUCCCUGGACGGGAAUGCGACCACAAACUUCUUCUCUCGCAUAUCCUCGCCGGCGUCUGUGGAUACUGCUGCCAAUGAUGUCUUGGCCUCGUUCUCCAAUCUAUCAGAUGAACUGCACGAGAUCGUCCUGACGGUGCAUAAUGCGGGGGCAACAGACAGCAACGAUGUCACCGACUUGGACGCGGUUGUCGCGUUUGAUAGCUUUGUGUUAUUCAUGGACGGAGACGGCCCGCCCGCACCCUCAGCCUCUUCGACAUCAGCAUCAGAAGCGCCCACAACCACCUCCUUACCAGAUGGUGCGGUCUCGUACCGUGGGCAGUGGUCGUACUCCGCCGGCCUUCUCCCUGAUUUCCCUGGAGCAGCCUUCCAUACGAGCACGAACGUCGGAGACAGUGCGCGAGUCGAUUUCAAUGGUGAGCUUCCCCGUCCGCACCUGCCUUCCCCGCUCUGCGGGCCGCCUUCGAGCUCGCUGACCCAAUUUCUUUUCUCCAUCCCCGCAGGGACCGCUUUGUCGCUGUCGGGGCUCACGUCGCCCUCGUCGGGCACGUACAACGUUACGCUUGACGACCACCUGUACCCUACAUUGUCUGCACGAGCCUCGUUCACGGCCGCGUCCCCUGUUGUAUUGUUCUAUAUCGCCGACCUCGACCCCGCGAUACCGCACUCCUUGGAGAUCGUUAAUGCAGGCGCGGACGGAGGAGGAAACGAUCUAACUGCAGACCUGGUCAUUCUGGCUGGCGGUAUGAACGUGACGAUGGCUGGGAACACGACGGUGCCCAACACAUCGACCAGUAGCAGUCAUCUAUCACAUGGCGCCGUUGCGGCCAUUGCUGUCGGUGUUGUGCUGGGUGUCCUGAUUUUGAUUGCCUUCAUUCUGACCGCGAUUUACUGGAGACGGAGAAGGGCACGACGGAAGGAGAGUUUCCUGGUCAACCCGCGGGUGAGCUACUGGCAGCGGAACUGGCCACGCUGGUUCUCUCCUCGGGCGGGAAGCACAGCACCCCAAGACACGCACUUUGUCCGGGAGAAGGAUACAAACUGGCGAGACAGCAUGCCACCGCGUCACACCCCAGGCAUCCUGCAGAUUGGUCGUCCAAUCAUGCCUAGGGAGAAGGAGGAGGACGGGCAUCACGACUACUACGGUGGAUCCGAAGUCGGCACGCAGGGUCACUCAGCCCAGCGGACGCGCCAUGUCUCGCAGAAGUCGGAUGGCAGUUUCUCCAUUGAGCUGCCAGAGUUGUCUGCGGUGCCUCUGCGGAACCCCACAAGUCCCUUCCCCUACACUCCCGAGCCUUCAUCACUUGUCUCGCAGACAUCCGCCAUUCCCCGCGGGGCGCCGUCAACCACGCCUCCUGACACCCUCUCCCGCAUGCGGUCAUCUACGUCGCCGCGGAACGCCCGACCCAGAGGACCUCGGGAGAUGCACGGGCGAGGAAGCAGUGAUCUCCUCAACGAGAUGUACAUGCCGACGUCUGAUCUAGAGGCCGAGGACAACGCAACGCCUCUCAGAGUCGAGUUUGCUGCGCAGUCACAGCCUCGCUCCGAACGUCGCAUGGAGAGGUAUGUCAGCACUGGUGGGGUCUCCCUACCGCAGUCGCUCAGGCAGGCGCUUGCCCGAGGAAGCGUCGACGGGGGUAAUGCGGAAGCGGGUCCAUCAAGACCUUCGACGUUUCUGUCUUUCAUGGACUUCUCGUCGAGCUCUUCGAGUUCGUCGCGCUCGCGGUCGCUACGCCAGUCUUCGUCAACGCAGUCUAAGCGGUCGACACGAAGCUCGGCGAAGUCACGACACGAGAGCAGUUCGCAGCAGGCCCCACCACUUCCGACAGACCACCGAGGGUCGAUGGCGUUGUCCAUGACCAUAGCUGGAGGGCCGACGGAGAGUAGACCCUCGCUAAGCCCUGACAUCUCCCUCCAACCCGUCCCUCUCCCGCCACCUCUCAUCGUACCUCCAGAUGAACCGCAUACUACUUCCGGCGCAGGUGACCCAUUGGGCGAGCUCCCUUCUCCUUCCGACUCUAUCCCUAUGACCGUCUCCGAUAUUCACUUCCGGCAUUCCAUCCAGUCAUCCGUCUCGCCCAUCAGCGAGUCCCGUCGCACGAGUGCAUUCCGCUUGAGCGGGUCGCAUCGUCCGCCACAUCCGCCACUCCCGACUCCCGACGAGCAAUUCGCCGCCGUGUCAACGACACGCCCGACACAUUCACAUAGUAACUCGCAAGGGACGAUGCACCGCCCGUACAUCAUGCAGAAACUCAUGGGUCUCCCCCUGACUGGACCGGGUUCCGCCACUACUACGCCGUUGGGAAGCCCUACAGCACCGUCGAUAUCACGACCUGAUCUGCCAGAGGGUGCGAGGACGGCAACGACUAGCGGUCGUCCACGGACUGCGGACGAGGCACUCUCACAUACAGGCUCCCGCUCCGCCGCGGAACAGCAGGGAAACUCUGGGCCGCCACCAGCCAGCACUGGCACGAAUCUCAGCUUCGGUUCAAGAAGCGCAUUUGGGUUUCUGGGACGAAGAUGA